AGGCAAUCGUGAUCUCGUGAUGAAGAUUCUCCUGCGGAGACGCUCCCUGUGGCUGAAGCUGUGCCUCCUGUUGCCGGUGGUGUGGCUGGCGACGGUGUUCCUGCUGUCGGCGGGGGACGAGCGCCAGUCGGACGCCGGGGAGGGAGGGCGAGGGGUCGUGCCUCUGCCGCACGUGAGGGACCUCAACCACGCGCCGGACAGUGGGCUCGGGAGCGGGAACGAGGGGGUGAACGAGGUCCUUCCCCCGAAGCCGAAUCUACCUCCCGUGGUGCCACCCGUGGACGGGGCGAUCCAGAAGCCGCGACCGCCGCAGGUGGACGACACGCUGAGGAAGCCGCAUCCGCCCCCGGUGGAUGACAUUCAGGCAGGCGAUGGGGUCCUCCACCCGCCGGAUCUCCCGUCCGGCCCGGGUGAGAUGGGGAAGGCGGUGAAGCUGUCGGCGAACUUGACGAAGGAGGAGAAAGCGCUGGUGGACGAUGGCUGGACGAAGAACGCCUUCAACCAGUACGUGUCCGACAUGAUCUCGUUGCAUCGGACUCUGCCCGACCUGCGCUCCGAAUCGUGUAAAGAGUCAGGCCGUUACCUGGAGAAGCUGCCAAAAACGAGUGUGAUAGUGUGCUUCCACAACGAGGCGUGGAGCGUGCUGCUCCGGACGAUGCACUCCAUCCUGGACCGCACCCCGGAUCACCUGCUCGAGGAGAUCAUCCUGGUCGACGAUGCGUCCGACAUGGAUCACCUGAAGGACCGGUUGGAAGAAUACGUGUCCAACUACCCGAAGGUGCGGGUCGUGCACUUGAAGCAGAGGGAGGGUCUGAUCCGGGCUCGUCUCGCAGGGGCCAAGGUGGCCACUGCCCCGGUGCUCACAUUCCUGGACUCCCACUGCGAGUGCACCCCUGGUCGGUGUGCCUUCUGUUCCUUCCUGCUGUCGUCUUGCAUUUUCCUCUUUGGUUUAAAGAAGAGUAGUUUUUCUGUUCUUCCCCUUUGCUCUAGUGAGCAUCUAUAUCAACAUGUUAGAUGGAGCUGCACUGACCCUGGAGUGAAUCCCUUCACAGGUUGGGUGGAGCCGCUGCUGGAUCCGAUCGCGAAGGACCCGACGUCGGUGGUGUGUCCGGUGAUCGACGUGAUCUCCGACGACACCUUCGAGUACAUGGGAAAGCAAGGAGAUUCCACCCACGUGGGGGGAUUCGACUGGAACCUCCAGUUCUCGUGGCAUGCGAUCCCCCAGGCAGAGAGGGACCGGCGGAAGCAUCCGUCCGACCCCGUCCGCUCUCCCACCAUGGCCGGUGGCCUCUUCUCCAUCGACAAGAAGUUCUUCGAAAAACUGGGCACCUACGAUGACGGCUUCGACAUCUGGGGGGGCGAGAACCUGGAACUCUCCUUCAAGACAUGGAUGUGCGGAGGCACCCUGUACAUCAUCCCGUGCUCACACGUGGGUCACAUCUUCCGCAAGCGGUCUCCGUACCAGUGGCGGAAGGGUGUGAACGUCCUCCGACGGAACUCCAUCCGCCUGGCCGAGGUCUGGAUGGACGACUACAAGAAGUACUAUUACCAGCGUAUCGGCAACACUCUUGGCGACUACGGGGAUGUAUCCGAGAGGAAGAGACUCAGGGAAAAUCUUCACUGCAAGUCCUUCCAGUGGUAUCUAGACAGCAUCUAUCCAGAGCUCUUCAUACCUGGAGAUGCCGUCGCUUCUGGAGAGAUGAGGAACCUGGGCGAGGGCGGGAAGACCUGUUUGGAUGCUGCAGCCCGGAAGCAGGACCUGCACAAGCCCGUCGGAACAUAUCCUUGUCAUCGCCAGGGAGGCAAUCAGUUCUGGAUGAUGAGCAAGUCGGGAGAGAUUCGUCGAGACGAAGCAUGCCUGGAUUAUGCAGGGAAAGAUGUGAUCCUCUACCCUUGUCAUGGCUCCUUGGGCAACCAACAGUGGUUCUACGACGACGAGUUGGGUCUGAUACGUCACGGGAGCAGCCACAAGUGCUUGGCCAUCACACCAGACCGCACCAAGAUCGUCAUGGAGUCGUGCAACCUCGACUCCGACCGCAUCCGAUGGAAGUUCGAAAACUACGACCCAUCCAAAUUGUGAUCGCCCCUUUUUCCUUUUAAAAAUCCUCUCCUUUCUUCUGUCGUCACAUGGUCUCGAUGGCAGCAGGUGGAGGCGAGAGAGGGAAGGACCAGGACCAAGAAGGGCAUUUGUUCUCUCUCCUUUUCUCCCCAUGAAAAUUUUCCUCAGGAAAGGACCUCCCUCCCCUCCCCCUCGUGACAGUGACGAUAUCGAACGACCCUGUGAUCGGAACCCAUCUGGUGUCCAACCCAAUCGUCGUCGUCGUCUUUUCGUUGCAAAUCUUUAACUCCCUGCAAGAACAAAAAAGAUGCCUCUCGUAAAGAAGAAAUCGUGGAUCCCGCAAUGGUGCUCAAGUGAUUUCCUUUCCCCUUUCCCUCAGAGUUCAUUCCUCCUUCCCCUCUCUCUGUCGUCUGCUCGCAUCCGGACGGAUCUCCGACCCUUCGGAUCGUCAUUCCAUCCGUCGUCCUCGACGAGGAACGACUGCGCUCCUCCUCACCCUUCCAGAUCCCGUCGGCAGCUUUUUUCA